UUUCCACCAAUCUCAAAAGAUCUGUAAUUGCUCAGCAAUUGAGCAAUCAUGCUUCAGCCUCCUCGUUCGUUGCUAAAAACAAGUUUGGUAAUGGUGUAACCGUGCUCUUAGCACCAGCUGUGGCGACCCCACAAAUGAGUAGACCAACCAUCAUUCAGACAUUGUCGGCCGUGCCUCUGUCCCUAUCUCCAACUCCAGUCCUUCAGUGUAAGUCUAUAGAGUCAUCAGUUGCUCCAGUGUUCUCAUGCUUCAGUAGUCAGAAUGGAAAAGAAACUACAAAUUCCCAGAAUGAUUCCCAGAAGUCACAUGUUGAAUUUGCUCUGAGGGAGCAUUGUGUUCCCACUCAGUUUCCUCUACUAGAGAGAGUGAAGGACAAGAGUCCUGAACAAAUGAAGCUUCUAGAGGAGAGUUUUCAGAGGAACAGUUUCCCAUCCUAUAAUGAGGUCGAGCACCUCGUGAUCACCACUAGGAUGUCCAGAGAGGAAAUUGAAAGCUGGUUCUUGGAGCGCAGAUCUCUUCGAGAUGAUUUGGAACAAACCCUGCUGAACUCCAUGGGCUCUAAACGGGAGUCCCAGCAGACUCUGCUCAAUGGAGCUCAGAGACGUUCUGGCACCCUUACCUUCAGCCCUGUGCCUCAAGUCAGCAAGACCAUGAACCUUCUCAAAAAUGUUUUUGUCCAGAACCGAUGGCCUUCGCCUGUAGAGUUCAGGCAUCUGGAGAUGCAGGCGCGGUUAGCUCGCACAGAACUUGUCCACUGGUUCAGAGAUAGUCGGCUAGCUCAGCAGAGCCGCAUCCUAAAUCAGAAGGAGAUGUUUGGAGAGCAGAACAGCUGCCGGGAUGCAGACGCAACAAAACGACCACUGAGAGAAGAGAACACCAAACCCAGCAGCCCAGAAUUCGAAAACUGGUUCAGUAACAUGCUUGGUCAGCACAUGGGGAGCAACGGGCAACCGAUUGGUGAGGGCAGAGAGGACCAUGGAGGAAACGCAUGUGAGCUGCUCUCAGACACAGAUUAGAAGACGGAAGGUGAGAAGCUUCUUGACUCUGUCAUUCAUCGAAGCGCUUUAGGAACCACCGAUGUUACUUCUGCUCUCGUUCUCCGUUCACACAGACACACAGACAUUAGACUGGAGCAUUGUGGGAAUGUUGUUUUAGCGUUGUGUGAGUGUUGUGUGUAUGUUUUGGAUGCAAAACGCACUGAAAACGUAUGUUCGCUGGAGUCACUGCGCAUUUGUAUUUGCAAACAUACCUUUACUGAAGAUUGUCUGCACAUCUGUAAAUUUUUAUGGCAUAUUUUGUUACAUUUUAUAAUGGGAACAAGUUUUGGCUGUUGUUUAGUGGACAUUUCCUAACCGUCUGUGGAAGGAGAUGCCAGAAACUACGAGGUGCUGAAAUAUUCUCUGGACACAUGACACGCAACAGCCCAAAAUAUGAUUCUUCUGCUACAGACGGGACACUUUAUUGACAGAAAACACUGCUGAAUGUGCUCACAGAUGGAGUCAUGAUUCACACAGACACACACACACAC